AUGAUAAAAUCGGUGCUCCAAGCCAUUUUGUCCUAUGUUUUGAGUCUGUUUAUCCUCUCAGAUACAGUUUGUAAUGAUAUUGAAAAGUUUUUGAAAUCCUUUUGGUGGGGAGGAGGGAGCAAUAAUAGGGGCAUCCACUGGAUGGCCUGGGAUAAGCUGGCUUGCUCCAAGAAGGAAGGUGGAUUGGGAUUUAGAGAUUUUAAAGCUUUUAAUAUGUCCAUGGUUGCUAAACAAGGGUGGAGCAUGUUAUCCAAACCUCAAGCUCUUGUUUCCAGAAUCCUCAAAGCAAGGUGGAACAUUGGGGAUGGUAGUUACAUCAAGGUUAUGCAUGAGCCUUGGAUCAGGGGAAAGAGGGAUAAGUGUCUGAGUGGUCCCUAG